GAGAUCGAGAUGGGGGUCCCAGACACGCUUGUGGGGCGCUCUGCGUUUGCCUUCAAGAAGUUGGUCCGCUACAUUACGCGGCAUCGCCUUGGAUCCGUCGAGCUGGACAUCAAGAACUCGUUCUUCCAGCUCUUGAACCGACAGAAGCCGCUGCCGCCCAUCAUGGCGGAGUACCUGGACCACCGUGAGGAGAAGCUCGCGCAGAUCGGCCGCGUGCUCUUCCACAAGCUGCCCGAGGUGCUGCAGGACAUACCCUUGGCUUCGGAUGAGGGGGAGCGCGGCGAGGUGGCUGCUUGGCUCUACGGCUUCGAGACGGCGGCGCGCCUCUACCACGUGGUUGCAGAUGGAGAAGAUGGCGGCGGCAGGGCGAGGGCAAACACCGUGGACUUUGCGAAGCUGGCGGCGGCGCAGCUGGUCCCGGUCGUACACGUUCCGGUGGAGGGGGGUGAGAAGAGGACCACCUACGAAAGCUUCGAGAAGGGAGGCUUCUGGCUGGUGCGAAACCGGGACGACUUGGGCCAGACCGUGGAAGACCUGAUGUGCAAGAUGUGUUGCCCGGUCUUCGAGACAGUCGAUGAGAACUACGUGCCGCCGCCGCCCCUCAACGAUAAUGCCUUCUUCACCGGUCUGUCCUCGUCCGUUCUGGGGCGUCUGGCAGGCCCGCAGAUGGCGGACCUCGACGGCGACGAGACACGGCACAAAAUCCUCUUUUGCGACGGCAUGCUCUACGAUUUCAAGGAGCGUGUCCUCCGAUCACCGAUCCCCGCCGACCGCAUGGGCUUCCACGCAAAGGCGACCUCAGAGAUGUGGCAGCCGAGCAAGGCGACCAAGCUCUUCGAGCGCAUCCUGGCUUUCUUGAAGGAGCAUGUGGAGACGGGGGUGUGUCUGCUCGAGGCCAGCGAGAAUGGCAAACAGGUCAUCGAGUGCUUCGAGGAAUUGGAGCAGGACGGGUGCGAGAUCCUCCGCCACAGGAAGGUGUACGGGGACUGGGACUCCGUCCUUUACGAGCUGCGUCUCAUGACCAGGGCCAUCUCCGCGACGCCGCGGUUCUGCGAGAUGUACUACAUCUGGGGAAGCCAGGAUUCCGGGAAGGACACCAAGGUGAAGAUGUUGCACGCCUUCCUCGGUCACGGCAAGGACAACUACGGGGUGCAGCUUCCGGGAAACUAUGUGGUGCAACAGACUCGCUACCUGACCGCGAAGGACGGACCCGCGCCUUACCAUGCAAGGGCUCUAGGCAAGCGGCUGGCCUGGGCCAGUGAAGUCCCCGAGCACUACUCGUUGGCGGAUGACCCUUUUGUGACAUGGAAGGUGCGCCAGUCUGCAGCAGGAGAGUUCAACAAGUACAUGUUCUUCCUUGCGGCAAAUCUCGUGGACUCGUUGGAGAUGGAGUACAACCCAGGCACCGAGAUCAAGCCGCAGCCACCGGAGAUGAAGAUGAGCGCCAUGGACCUGGUCCCAUGUGCAGACAAGGACGAGGAGGCCAAACCCGAGGCCUUCAUGACAGAGAUGUGUGAGCUGGUGCCCUUGAAGGAAGCAAGCCUCCACACGGAGCUGACGAUGGCGCUGAAGACCUACCUCAGCGACACCUUGGGCGCGGCAAAGAGCGUGAUCUCGAAGUUGGGGAUCAAAGGACAAUCCUAUGGCCCGCGGUACAUCUCCACCCUCAAGCAAAAUGAGCGCAUGGUGGGUGUGAAGCUCCGAUCGGCAAGUAGCUCUUAG